CACACAAUAACUCACCUUCAAGUCCACUCAGAUACACCAGAAAUACCUAAAUCCACCAUGCACUAGACGAAUAACACACACCAUGCCCCGUAGAAACGAGAAACAAUACUAACUAACCGGAACCCUGGUGCCCAUAUAGUCGCCUCCCAGCUGAUCAAGGCGCCUAGAAACCUGCCACGGGGCUCCCCAUACACAUCAUGCGCUGGCUUUUCCUCCUCCUCUUUGCCUCCCACGCCCUCAGUGAAGCCAAGAGUGACAGACCAGUGCCACCCGUGAUAUUAGUGCCUGGCGAUGGCGGCUCUCAGAUGGAAGCGAUGCUGGACAAGCCAGAAGUUGUUCACUACAUCUGCUCCAAGAAGACGACUUACUGGUUUGACUUGUGGCUCAACAUGGAGCUGCUCAUGCCGGAGAUCAUCGACUGUUGGAUUGACAACAUGCGACUCGUGUACAACAGCACCACCCACACCACCAAGAACUCUCCAGGAGUGAAGAUACGGAUGCCGGGCUUUGGCAACACUGACACUGUGGAGUGGCUCGACCCUAGCCACCGCUACCCCACUGGCUAUUUUUAUGACAUUGUUCAGGCCAUGGUGACUUCCGACCUUGCCUACAAGAGAGGGACCACUGUCAGGGGAGCGCCAUUUGACUUCAGGAAGGCUCCAAAUGAGCUGCAGUACUAUUUUGAUGCCCUACGGCAGCUGACAGAGGAAAUGUAUAACACGAGCGGUCAGCGUGUGGUGUACCUGCUGCACAGCAUGGGCGGCCCCAUCACCUGGUACUUCCUGGGCCACCAGCCGCAGAGCUGGAAGGACAAGUAUGUGGAGGCCGUCAUCUCCCUGGCCGGCGCCUGGGGAGGCUCCAUAAAGGCCGUCAAGGUGUACACUGCAGGAGACAACUUGGGGAUCUACUUGAUCAGCCCUCAAAACAUAAGAAAGGAGCAGCGAUCAGCGCCCAGCCUUGCUUUCCUGCUGCCCUUGCCUACUGUAUGGAAGUCAGAUGAUGUGCUUGUUCAGACCCCAGAGAAAAACUACACCACAGCUAAUUUCAAGGACCUGUUUGAGGCAUUAAAGCUUCCUGAUGCCUACAACAUGUACCUAGACACCAAGGACCUGCUGAAAACCCUGCCACCUGGCGUUGAGUUGCACUGCCUGUACGGCCACACUGUUAACACAGUGGAGAAAUUGGUCUAUCAGGAAGGCCAUUUUCCUGACAGUCCUGAGAUUAUCUUUGGAGAUGGAGAUGGGACUGUUAACAUUCGCAGCGCUAAAGUCUGUGAGUCGUUCAAAGAUAAACAGAAGCAGAAGGUGCAUGCCAAGCCCUUCCCAAACAUGGAGCACAUGGCCAUCCUGAAGGAAGUCAACAGCAUCGCCUACAUCCUACAGGUGCUCCACAACAUUACACAGAAGAAUGAAAAGGCUGCUGCUGCUGCUAAAUCCUCUCAGGGAAAGAAAGAGUUGUUUAUGAAUAUCAUCAAGAAAAAGAAAGUUAUUGCUCCAUCUGCUACACAUGAAACCCUGAGAACUGAAGAAUCCAUUCAUGCUUCUGCUGAGGCUGCUCUGAACAAUGAGAAAACUAUGCAAGCUACUGCCACUGCUGCUAAGACUAUGCUGAAGACUGAAGCAGCUAUUCAUGCUGCUGCUGCUGCUGCCAAGGCUGCAUUGAGGAAGGAAGCUGUGGAUGCCCGUAUGCAUGAACAAGCUCCUGCUGCAGCCCAUAAAGUCACUCACGUGGAGGCUUUGGAAAAGUCAAGAGAGAAGAAUAUGGUGAAGCAAUAUUUGGUGCAGAAUUUACAAGAUGAAAACAGGAUCAAAAGAAGAAGUGUUGAUCCUUCAGCCUUCUGGAAAACCCUAAACAGCAAUCCUAAUGUGUCAUGAUGAAACUCAACAAUCCUAUCAACACUUGAAAGCUGUCAGACCCACCACAAGUAACAAACAUUCUCUUUGUAGAGCCUAAGAAGCAAGGGUGUUUGUCUCAGUUCUUCUUUGAUACAUGGUGAUUACAAUGUUCUUAAUUAGUGUAUCAACUCUCAUUUGAAGUCAGUAUUAACCACAGAAAAGUUACGAGUGGUACUUCAUAUUUCAUAGACAAAGAGAAGAUGAAAAGUUGUUUCUGGAAGCAGAGGUUUCAGCCAUGUGUAUGUGUUUAUAUAUAGUAUCUAUAUAUGUAAAAAGGUAUGCUCAUGUUCUAUGUUAGACAUGUUAAAUAUUUUUUUAUUUUAUCUGUACAUUCUAGGAUCUUAUAGGUUUGUUAUACUAUUAAUUUAAGUACAUUUUAUUCUUGUCAAAAUUUUAUUAGUUUUCUUCAAUAUUGUUGUUCUUUUAACAAUUUAUAGUAUAAAUGAAUCAUAUGUUUUAGGCAGUCGAUUCCAUCCUUUAUUGACAGCACACUCGCUUACUGCACAAGUUUGAAACCAGCACUGCAUAUUUUUAUGAGUAUGUAUACACUGUAUACUCCUGCAUUGUCAAAGUGUGUAAUGGAGCUUUGUUCAUACAGGAAAUCCCUUCAUUGGGUUCAUUUUGAUAACUGGGUUGGUCCAGUUGUACUUUUCAUUAAUCAUAAUUCCAGAUGUUCCCUAUAUUUUUUAUAUACUUACCUUUCUAUUAUCAUGGAAUCAACCUUCCAUUCACUCUGGUCUGAAUGUCAGGUCUUCAUGACAAGGCUCCAGUACUCACUGCUUCAUGUUUAGCAUGAUUUUAUCUUGCAUGUCGGUAUAAUAAUGACGUUUUGAAUUGUUCUCUACAUGUUCACAAAAGGAGUGGAGUUUCUGCACAGGACUGAGUUUUGAGGUCACUUGUGAUGUUUUUACCAUCUGUAUGCUAAUUCGGUAAAUCCUCUUUUUAAUGAACCUAUAUUCUACCAUGAGCAAGAGGUAUAUUGAACCAUAUUAGUACACAAGGAUUAACAAUAUUCCUUGUUUUGAUUUGAUAUCUUUUAUGUUAUUAUUUGAUAAAACAAUUUGAAACAGUUAAAACAAUUGAUGUAAUAUUUAUUUGAUCAACUAUUGUAAACAAUGUAAUUUGCUUUUAUACAAAACAGUACACUCUAAAUUUUAAUAUCUUCAAAUAUAACAAACUUGAAUAUAAUGACUUGGUGUUCCCAAUUAGUUACCCAAAUAGAGGGAUCUCAGCACCGUCUUGUCAGCAAGGCUCCACCACACAAGCACACACCCUGCAGUUAGUCAGGGUGUUGUUGGGUGCUUGACUGUGCACUGUAGUCCAUCGACUCUUAACUUGAGCCCUGUGGCUUGGCCUAAGGAAUCAUCCAUUGUUUACACAUCUAGCAAUGACCUGCACAUGGCGAUCUGUCUCACUGUUAGUCUGUACGUUAUCUGUUUGUGGAAAAAAAAUAUAUAUAUAUAUAUAUAUAUAUAUAUAUAUAUAUAUAUAUAUAUAUAUAUAUAUAAAUAAUAUGACUGCAUGGUGUUAUGGAGGGCUUAGGAUUUAAGGGAAAGACAACAACUCCGUAAACCUUCCAUUUCACUUGGCAACGUGGCUCAUGCGAUGGUGCUGCACCAUUCACCCUUCUGCCACCAUGGAAGACUCGCAUAGGUCUCACUCUCACAUCCUGCACAGCUAAGCAAAAGAUGUUAAAUAUAAUGUAAAUAAUAGAGGAGGGGGGGAGGUAGCGAGCUCCUCUGAGGAGAGUGAUGGGGUGAUGUGGCAUUAGCGCAACUCAGGAGAGCUGUGCCUAAAGGCUCAAGUUAGAUUUGAUAGACUAUAGUCAAUUAUAGAUUAGAGUUUAAUGCUUUUGUUGACCAUAAUCAGUACUGGAUAUUGCAUUGAACUCUAUUAGACAAAGUAUACUUGUUCAAUAUUUAAUUUACAAAAUAUGCAAGAAAACAUGUCAAGGCCCUUGUGAAUACUUAGUGGGAACCUGUACUGAUGAAGAAAUGAACACAAGUACUGUAAUGUUGUGACAGACUGUGCCAGGAACAUGAACAAGUAGAAUAUGUUGGAAUGAAGAACCUUCCUCUCUUGCCCAUGCUUCAUCAGGGUUGCCAGGUGUCUGAUUUAAGGCUGAAGUCUGGGUAGUAAGCAGCACUGUUCAGUCUCCAGUCAGACACAAAGAAAGAUACUCAGAUUUGUUUUAAUUUUACUUAUUUGAAAAGUUAAGCUCAUUUACUUAAGUUCAUUUAUUACAUUGUCUUCACAUUUGUUUAUAUUCACUUCCUAUAAAUAAUCCAUGGCCUAUCCCCCACUACCUUUGAAAAGUCCCAUAUGAGCUGUACUGUAGCUGUAGACUGCAGGUUCAUGUGUAAUAUGAGGAUCUGAAAACUAUUAGGCUAUUAGCUGGCAACUCUAGUUAUCACCAAGCUGUGAAACUUCAGGAACUUGCUUUUGACAAUACCAUUGAUCAUUUGUAAGGUCUCUGUGUUAAGGACUGCUAUUAUCUCAGUUUAUAAUAACAUGGACACACUUGUUCAUGUGUGUUCAAUUUGACUGAAUAAUGAAAAGAAGAAUUAUUUAGUACACUAUGUUGCUUUUAUAGAAAUACAAUGCUUUUGGUGUAGGGAGAGAAAAUUUAAAUUAGUGAAUCAUACUGGAGUUCAAUAUUUAUGCCAUGGGAAUGGGGAUGCUUUCUGCUCAUGAAUAAUUUGGAACAGACAAAUGGGUGACUGAAUUGUUUUUAGUAGAUAGAGAUUUACUGAACAAAGAUGAGACUCACUGACAGAGCCUUUCUGUGAUUCAUUAGACAGAUAUUGGGACAUUACAUUGCUGCUAUGAAUAAAAGCUUCAUAAAUGGUCAAAAAAGGAAAGAUUGUAGGUUUAAGUUGCUUAGAAUAUCAUAAAAGGUUUGUGAUAUGUAAAGUAAAAAUAUGAUGGUGAUGUGUGGUACAUUAACCCGGUAGCAGUGACGGGCCUAAUUUGUGGCUUUACUGUAUACCAGCGACGGGCCAAAUUUUUGCCAUGAUAUAAACCCCCCAAAAUAAAUGAUGCAUAAACUGAUCACAAAUGCGUUGAUAUAUAUUAUGAAAUGGUUUGCGUGAGUGAUGAUUUUUUCUCAUUUUUCUCGCUUAGAGGGGCCUUUAAGAAACAUGUUAGUACAAGGAGAGGGAAAGUAGUAACUGGUAUACUCAAGGGAAAACUGUAUCACUAUUGAUUGUUUUAGAUGAAAAUUUGUAUUCUUAUGAGUACUGUAUAACAAGUGCUUUGUGAUAUGUAAAAUAAUAUUAUGGUGGUGUGUUGUGGGGAACAUAAACACAAAUAAAGGGAAAUUAGUAACUGAUAUACUCAAAGGAAAACUUUAUUGCUGUUGAUUGUUUUCCAUGAUCAUUUAUAUUCUUAUUCCCAUAUAUUCUUCAGACCACAAGCACCACCAUUGCCAAACUAGAGAUUAUACUUAGCUCUAUAUAUUCUUCAGACCACAAGUACCACCAUUGCCAAACUAGAGAUUAUACUGCCGGCUAUAGAUCCCAUCAGGAGUCUUCUGUCUGGUGGUGUGACUUGAGGCAUUAUGAGUAUCCUACAGAUUCUACAACUGCAUAAAACAAUAACUUUGAUGUAUAGAUGAGGCAAAAUUUACAAGUGAUUUUCUAAUUUAUUUUAUUUUAUUUAUUUAUUUAUUUUAUUUUUGAGUAUGCACAUGUUGCUUUGUUAAUACAUGUAGCAGCUGGUGUGAGUGUUGCGAUAGGGAAAUGUAUGCUUGGUUAUUGUAUUGUAACAGUUGUCAGAAGCAAGGAAGGGUUAUGACUGACAUGCACAAAAGAGGAGUGUUGAACCAGGAUGAGUUACAAGAGUGGAAAAAUGAAUGUCAACUUGCAUGAUUCUUUUUAUUGGAAAGUUUCUGUUCUGUAAUAGCAUUGUUUUAGUUGGCAGAUUGAAUUAUGAUUGGAGAAAGGAAGGGCUGUGGUUUACAUAAUUUAUAGAAAUCGAUGUGAUGAACUGGCAGAAGCAACUGGAGUGUAGAAAAUGUGUUGUCAGCUUGUAUGAAACUUGUAAUAGGGAAGUGUAUCAUUGCUUUGUACAGUUGGCUGACUGACAUUAUCUUAUCAUUAUCAA